UUCAUGUUAACCAUAUAUAAAUCUAACACGCCAAAAAUUAUUCAGUUAGAGACUUUUUGUAAGUCUUUCCAUUUUUGUUCAUCAAAGUAUACUGCUAUGUGAUGGAUUCUUUCCAUAACAAUACACGACCAUCACAAUCCACUUCUCGUAAUGGAUCUUUCAAAGAUUUUCUUCUUAUAUCUCCAGUUGUUCAAAUCCAUCUCAAAAAGGUUUAUCUGUCAUUGUGUUUUUCUCUUCUAGCAUCUGCAGUUGGAGCUUAUCUUCAUAUCAUUUGGAACGGUGGUGGUUUGCUGACUACUUUGGCAACCUUGGGAUGCAUGUGCUGGCUACUUGCAAUUCCUACCCAUGAAGAGAAAAAGAGAGUUUCUCUGUUGAUGCUAUCUGCCCUUUUCCAAGGGGCUUCCGUUGGUCCUUUUAUCAAACUGGCCACUGAUUUUAACCCCAGCAUUCUUGUAUGUGUAUUUGUGGGAUCCGCGAUUGCAUUUGCUUGUUUCUCAGGAGCAGCCAUGCUAGCAAGUAGAGAGUACCUUUGUCUGGGAAGGCUUCUGUCCUCUUGUGUCUCCGUCCUUUUAUGGGUACAUUUUGCUUCAUCUAUCCUCGAAGGUUCCUUAGCCUUCAAGUUUCAGUUAUACUUUGGCCUUGUGGUUUUUGUUGGGUACAUGAUGUUUGAUACGCUAGAUAUCAUAAAGAAGGCUCACCUUGGAGAUUUGGACUAUGUCAGUCAUGCACUCAUGCUUUCCACUGACUUUAUUGCAGUCUUUGUCCGCAUCCUUAUCAUUAUGACGAGGAAUUCAGAUGACAGAGCAAAGUGGAGGAACACAAGAGAUUAAGUUCUGUAAUGCAUAGAAAAAAUGCAGCCGCAUCUUGUUAUGUUAUUGCCUAUGAAAUGUGUAGAUGCUAACGAUGGAAAACGAAUUAGGAAAAAAUAACAUAUCAUUGAUAAAUAUUAUCACUCGGUUUAACAAAAAUUCUUCACAAUUUACCUAUAGGUACCAGCAGGGGCUGCGCCCCCCUAAAAUUUGUUGUACUA